CGCUUUGGAGGCUGAAGCGGUUCGAUGCCUUCCCCAAGACGCUGGAAGAUUUUCGGGUUAAGACCUGUGGCGGCGCUUUCGUGCUGAGCAUUUUAACUGAAGGCACUGGGUGAAUUGCAAAGGGCUUAGCCAGUUCCUCCAGAUGAUUCCCUGCAUGAUUCCUUGAGCAAGCCAAACAUGCUUGUAGUGUUAUUUUCUUAAAAGUGACUGUAAUCAGUGGACUCAUCAUGUUCUUCCUGUUCUUCUCAGAGCUCCAGUACUAUCUUACAAAGGAGAUUCACCCAGAAUUAUAUGUUGAUAAAUCAAGGGGAGAUAAGCUACGGAUAAAUAUAGACAUUGCUUUUCCACAUAUGCCAUGUGCUUAUUUGAGCAUUGAUGCAAUGGAUGUGGCUGGAGAGCAACAAUUAGAUGUUGAGCAUAAUCUCUUCAAACAGCGCUUGGAUAAAGAUGGCAAGCAUGUGACUCCAGAAGCAGAAAGACAUGAGUUAGGAAAAGAAGAGGAACUAUUCUUUGAUCCAAAUUCAUUAGAUCCUGAACGCUGUGAAAGCUGUUACGGAGCAGAAUCCGAGGAUAUCAAAUGCUGCAAUAAUUGUGAUGAUGUGAGGGAAGCAUACAGGCGGCGAGGGUGGGCCUUCAAGAAUCCAGAUACUAUAGAACAGUGCAAGAGAGAAGGAUUUAGCGAGAAAAUGCAGGAGCAGAAAAAUGAGGGAUGCAAAGUAUAUGGAUUUUUAGAGGUCAAUAAAGUAGCUGGCAAUUUUCACUUUGCACCAGGAAAAAGCUUUCAACAGUCUCAUGUUCAUGUUCAUGAUCUUCAGAGUUAUGGACUUGACAAUAUAAACAUAACACAUUUUAUCAGGCAUCUUUCAUUUGGGAAGGAUUAUCCAGGCCUUGUGAACCCACUUGAUGGAACAGUUGUCACAGCUCAUCAAGCUUCGAUGAUGUUCCAGUAUUUUGUAAAAGUAGUCCCCACUGUGUACAUGAAAGUUGAUGGUGAGAUGGUGAGGACAAAUCAAUUUUCAGUAACAAGGCAUGAAAAAAUAGCUAAUGGACUAAUUGGAGAUCAAGGCCUACCUGGUGUGUUUGUGCUAUAUGAGCUUUCUCCCAUGAUGGUGAAAUUUACAGAGAAGCACAGGUCCUUUACACAUUUUCUCACAGGCGUCUGUGCCAUUAUUGGAGGAGUGUUUACAGUUGCAGGACUCAUUGAUUCUUUGAUCUAUCAUUCAGCUCGAGCCAUUCAGAAGAAAAUUGAACUUGGAAAAACUACAUAGAUUAGAUUCUACAAUCCUUCCUAAAAGACUUGAAGAAAUGAAAAAUUACCCUAACAUCAAUGUCCAAUAUCAAUGUGCCAAGUGAAGAUAAUUGGAACUUUGAGAAGAGACUGACAUUCUAGUCCUGGGACAAGUAAAACAGGGAUUAAAUUUAAACAUCAAUGUCUGUGGCUGUUAAAACAUUUCUGUUUUAAUAUUCACCUUAAUCUGUUGGCAUAUAUUUCAGUUUCUAUAUUCCAAAAAAAAGUGUCAUCCAGAAUAUAGACCAUAAGAACUUGUAUAUGUCUAAAACUAGUUAUUUCUAAUUUAAUUUGUAUUUAGUGAUACUGUAAAAUGUGUGGUUGGAAUAAAUUCUCAGGAAAAAGUUUUACUAAA